GGUGAAUGUUUUGAUGCUUUCCCUCUCAUCCCAGCUGGCCCCUGCUCUGGAUGGAGCAUCAUCAGCAUCACAUGCUGCUCUACCUGCUCUCCUCCAACAUGGACCAGUGUUUGGGCCUGACGUCAGCCGUCACCGCCCUGCCCGCCCGCCCGCCCGCCUGCCUGCAGUAUCCCUGGCUACAAUUGAUGAUGGAGACGGGGAGCUGCGGCCUCGCCAUGAAGCCCAUCCGGAGGCGGAAAUAAAGGCGCAUCCGAACGACGAGCACCCCAGGAAGGCGGGGAGGACAAGGAGGGGGACAAGGCCACCGACCCCCACUUCUGUCCCGAGAAGCGAUGCCUCUCCGCGGCCACACGCCGGGGAGCAGCGGGCGGUGUCGCUCCGGUCUGGGGCUUCCCUAGUUUGGCAGGGCUGCUACGCGCGCUGAGGGGGAGAUUUGGGGUAAAUGUUUCCCAUUCGUGAUUAAAAACCACACAAUGGAUCCGCAGACGGAGGGAAUCGUCCACCUUUGGCAGGGUGGAGCUGCGCUUUAAUAAAUGAUGAGGCAUUCCGCUCGGCGCGCUCAGCCCUGAUUGAGGCUGCUUUAGAUGUUUGUGUCCGACUAGAAGUCCGGCAGUCCGCCCCGCCGCGCUGAUCCGGUGCCCGAACAAUGGCACAGGUGCUUCUCGGUGCGCCGCAGAUGCCGACGGCUGCUUUCUGGUGCGGGGGGAGCCCCGGCUUUUACGCCCAGUACCCCGAGAGUUGGCUGUUUACGCGAUCCGACGCGCCGCUGCUGCCGCUGCUGCAAGUGGGCUGAUUGGGCUCUCCGCCGUGUUUCUGCGCGAUCGGAUUCUCCACAACUGCGGGGCCUUUAUGCUGCUGUGAAAUGUGCCCGGGCCGUGCCCACCACCAGAACCCAGAGAUGGAGCUGUCACCGUGCGCCGUGAUGGAGAGGUGCUGCGGUCUGUAGUCGGGGGAAGCCUUUUUCUGCUCUAAGGCGCAGCAGCAGCACGGAGAGCCAUCAUGUCCAAAGUGGUCAGCAGCAAGGAGAAGAAAUCCUUCAGCAAGAAGCUGUUCCGGAGGAGCUCGGUGCGCUCCGUGGGGAGCUUCAUGAACAGAGUCCUCCGGACCCUGUCCACCCUCUCUCACUUCGGCACCGACGAGCAGGCCGCCGACGACGAGAAGGACGAGGCGGCGUUGAUACCGAGCACCACCGGGGGCUCCGUGCCGUCCGACGACAGCGACUGCGGGGGGUUCCCGUUCGGGGACAAGGUGCCGGGGGUCGCCGGGCUCAAGAACCACGGCAACACCUGCUUCAUGAACGCCAUCCUGCAGUGCCUGAGCAACACGGAGCUGUUCGCCGAGUACCUGGCCCUGGAGCAGUUCCGGGGCGCAGAGGCGAGCAGCGGCGACAAGGCGAAGUCCAACGGAGGGCCGGUGCAGAGGAAGGGGGGCCAGCUGCAGCCGGAGGCCGGCGUGGUGACGGAGCAGCUGUCCGGGCUGGUCCGGGCUCUCUGGACCUUCGAGUACACGCCUCAGCACAGCAGAGACUUCAAGAACGUGGUGUCCAAGAGCGCCCUCCAGUUCAGAGGAAACUCCCAACACGACGCCCAGGAGUUCCUCCUCUGGCUGCUCGACAGAGUUCACGAAGACCUCAACCAAAUCGUCCACCCUGACAGCCGACCCCCCAGGAAGCCUCCAGUAGAGGAAGAACCGGUUCCUGAAGGAUCUCCGCUACCAGCACCUGGCUCUUUUGUACAGGAGCUGUUUCAGGCCCAAUACAGGUCUUCUCUGACUUGUCCUCACUGCCAGAAACAGAGUAACACGUUUGAUCCUUUCCUCUGCAUCUCACUGCCAAUCCCAGUACCUCACACACGACCUCUGUAUGUGACGGUGGUGUACCAAGGGAAGUGUUCGCACUGUAUGAGAGUCGGCGUGGCCGUGCCUCUCUCGGGCACCGUGUCCAGACUGAGGCAGGCUGUGGCCCAGGAGACCAAAAUCCCCGCCCAACAGAUUGUCCUCACUGAAAUGUACUUCGAUGGCUUUCAUCGCUCCUUCUGCGACGACGACGAAGACCUUGAGAUCAUCCAGGAGAGCGACUCCAUCUUUGCAUUUGAGACGCCCGAGCUGUUCAGACCGGAGCAGAUCCGGUCCAAGCGAGGCGGGACCACAUCAGGGAGCCCACAUGCAAAUCUCAAUCAGAACAACCUGAAGUACGGCACAGAUAACAACCGGAUCUCCACGCAAAUACAAGAGCCCACAACACCGCCUCAGAGUCCCAAUAAGAACAGCGGGCAGGCCGAGAAGAUCGUGCUGUUGGUGUGCAACAGAGCCUGCGCCGGACAGCAGGGGCGCAGGUUUGGGAAUCCCUUUAUCCUCUAUUUGGAGCGAACGGUAACAUGGGACACGCUGCAGACUGAGAUUCUGGAGAAGAUGAGGCAUCUUCUGCGUCCUGGUGCCAUUGUGCAGGUGGGGCCCUUCACUUUGCGUGUGGUGGGAGUGGUGGGAAUCACAUACCUAUUGCCUCAAGAGGAGCAGCCGCUCUGCCAUCCCUCUGUGGAGAGGGCGUUCAAGUCCUGCGGCCCGGGCGGCCCGCCUCACGUCAAAAUCGUCGUUGAAUGGGACAAGGAGACAAAGGACUACCUGUUCAAGAGAACCGAGGACGAGUACAUCCCAGACGCCGAGAGCGUACGGCAGGUGAAGGAGCAGCACCUGCAGCCGCAGACCUGCACGCUGGCCCAGUGCUUACAGCUAUACACCAAAGAAGAGCAGCUUGCCCCCGACGACGCUUGGAGAUGUCCGCACUGCAAGCAGCUUCAGCAGGGCAGCAUCAAACUGAGCCUGUGGACACUGCCAGACAUCCUCAUACUUCACCUCAAGCGCUUCAGACAGGAUGGGGACCGGCGUGUGAAGAUGCAGAACAUGGUGAAGUUCCCGCUCACGGGCAUGGACAUGGCGCCGCACAUGGUGAAGAGGAGCCAGAGCAGCUGGAGCCUCCCCUCCCACUGGUCACCGUGGAGGAGGCCCUACGGCAUGGGCCGGGACCCCGAGGACUACCUGUACGACCUGUACGCAGUGUGCAACCAUCACGGGACCAUGCAGGGGGGGCAUUACACAGCUUACUGUAAGAACUCCAUUGAUGGGCAGUGGUAUUGCUUCGACGAUAGUGAUGUUCAUCCCAUAUCUGACGGAGAGGUCUGCAAGCAGACCGGCUACAUCCUGUUUUAUCAAAGGCGAGCAACGAUCCCGUCCUGGUCUGCCAACAGUUCUGUCGGAGGUUCCACCAGUUCCUCUCUGUGUGAGCACUGGAUAAGUCGCUUAAUGGGAAGCCGUCCUCCCAGCCAGGCCUCGUCUGGUUCCUCCAGACGCACCUCUCUGGCGUCUCUCUCCGAGUCCGCUGAGUUCGCCGGUGAACGGAGCGAGGACGAUGGCCUGUCGACGCGCCCAGCAGUCCGAGGCAUGCAGAGGCAAACGUUUUCUUCCAGAUCGUCUAUUGCCAGCCCGCUUGUUCUGAGCGAAAAUGGCACGAAACCACCCUGGUCUCACUCAGCUAAGCUGCAGUUGCGUUCCAACUCUCCGUCACGCUUCUCCCUAGAGUCCCACUCCUCACCGACGCUGGAGAGGAUAGGAGAGGUGGUUGACAUCCAGCCGACAGCCCCGUCUUUUCCUGGCUCACCCAAGCCAGAUAAAACGUCCGGGGCGAAGUCGGCGCUCGCUGCUUUGGACACUAAUGUGGGAACUAAGAGGCUAAUAGAGCAGGGGCGCUUCAAGUCCGUGGUGCAGACUGAACAGAGGAGCUCCAACCCGACGGGGGAAAACAACAACGCUGAGCAGAUUAGUCCUCGACAUGGAAUAGCCCCAAAGGAGGCGAAGCAAAGAAAUGGGAGUGCGGAGAGUGGAGGCGCCAAGAGGACCUCAGGAAAGACGGGGUUAGAAGCUGAGAGAAGUCCCAGGAAACGGGCCCCCACUUCCUCCACGUCCUCCAGCUCCCUUUCCCCGGCGUCUCCAGCCAUCGACAAGUCGCCGUCUCGAACGCAGUCCAAGAGCGCGGCGUCUGCAUCGAACCCCAAGGACAAAAGCGCUGGACCCUCUAAAACGAGCAAGGGAGGUUCCUCAAGAACGGCGACCCCUUCCAAGAAAGCGUCCUCCCAAAACGCAGAGGCACCGCACCCCGACGCGCAGCAGAGGAGGAGCGCUUCUCCCGGGUUGCAGAGCUCACAACCGCAGAAGAGGACAUCGAAAAGGGAGGGCAGUGAGAAAAGCUCCGCUGGAGAAAGGACUAGAGCGGCGGACAGGAGCACCAGUCGGGAAUCUUCGCGGGCGAGCGCGGUGGCGGAGAGGAAAGUCAGCCAUGGGGGUCCCUCCUCCAGGCUGAGCGCUGCGAGUAGAGCCGAGGGCAGGUCCGGUAGAGCCGCGGAGGACAGGGCGGCAGGCCGGAGCUCCAGCAGUAGCUCCUCCAUUACCAGUCUCCGGUCCUCAAGUGUAGGGGUUUCCUCUGGCAGUUCGGCUCCGUCGUCACGGGGGCCACGAGGGACCAGCAAGACGGAAGACAAAGGUCUGUCCUUCUUCAAAACCGCUCUGAGGCCCAAGGAGAACCGCAAACCAGGCGAGAGCGGGAAAUCUGGGGCGGGAGAGGCCAAAGCAAUCCCCGAAGAAAGCGCCGGGGAGGCAACGCAGCGCGCGGCCAGCAAAAAAGUUCAGAACGCGGGUCCAGAACUGCACAGUACAGCCAAAGAUAAGGAAUCCUCUAAAGUAUCCGGCGCAGCUAAAAACUCCCUGCUGCCCUCCACCAGGUCCAAGCUCCCUGAAGCACAACCGCAGCCUUCGGCCGUCGCGAAGGACCCUUCGAAGAAAGAGCCGGCUAAAAAGACACUGCAGUCCAGGAAGAUCCCCAUCAAUUCCUCACAAACUAGCCAGAGAUCCAAGUGAUGUUACUUCGAGGCUCCGGUACGAAUCUUUCUCGUGCAGCUCUGAGGUGUUUCUCCUUUUUAUCCAUCCGACAGACUCUUUUAAAAACACCACUGAAUACCAGCUGCCACAGAGGAUGCUUACCUAAAAAAACGGAUUUUAAACAAAGCACUUUGUAUGGAUUGCAUUGAUUUGAAAGAAUAUUAUACUGUAUUGUAAAUACGCAUGGACAUGUACGGAAAUUAUUGCCUUGUUCUGUCUGUAGCACUGUCUCAGUCGGAGCCGGAAGUAAAAAAAAAAAAA